GGUCCGGAGAGGAGGAAACAUCACGUGUCGUUUCGAUCCAUGCCUUCCGAUUUUUGACGGACGCCUGCGGGAAGAGAGCGGAGAGAGUGAAAGGGCUUUUUGCGCGUUCGGGCGCUCGGGCGGGGGCUUGUGGAUGCGUGCAAACAAAGAUCGGCUCUCGACGUGCCCGCCUCACGUUUUUAUGUUGUCUUUUUUUGCCGAACUCGAAUGUCGGAUCUGGCAGCCGAUUUAGGUUUGCACAGGCCUUUAGUUGCUCCCCAUUCGUUCACGAGUGUGGACGCUACUACCCUUGUCAAGAUGGCGGCGAGCCCUGAAAGCUACGAGGUUUUGGAUAGCUCGGAGCAGAGUGGUUCGGAGUGUUCCGGACCUUCAAGGCGGAUGACGACCCCGAGCAAGAGGACGAAUACUCCGCCGGAGAUGCGAAAGAGUCCGAAGAUCGAGAGAAACCCCAAAAAGCUGACGAAGCAACUGAUCCGUGUGUUUGACACAGCCAAGACACGGAAGCUCAUCGAGUUGGUGGAGGGGUACCCGUGGCUGUACAACAAGUUCAGCGGCGUCCACAGAGGCCAAUAUAUGCGCACCAACGCCUGGGCUGCAAUUGCCAAGUCAUUGGGCCUGGAGCAGGAGUACGCACCACAAGCAUGCAAGUUGAAAUGGUGUAACUUGAAGGACUACUUCUUGAGAGAGCUUGCAAAAGUGAAGAGAUCACAACGGAGUGGCUGCGGGGCAGCUAACGUCUACACCUCGAGGUGGAAAUACUUCGCAAGCUGCUCCUUCUUGUCCGGCAAGGCCAAUGUUUCAUGCCGAUCUCACCCUGAGGCAUCAGAGGAAGAGAUGACAAACUGCAGCAGCCAACCGCGAGACUGCAGUGAAGAUGAGUCAGCCCCCAGGCAAGCAGCUGAGAACCGGCUACCUGAGUUCCAGCCAUCGCCAGCCUACCUUGCAGCUAUGCGGGCGGAAAUGGGUGCUGCACCACCUCCAAGCCAAGAGCCCACAGAAAGACCACCCGCAGCUGCCUUGCAGACUCCCGGACCUCAGAGCCGAAAGCGGAAGCAUUCAGGCUCUGCGGGUCAAUGCAUCCCGAUUGAGCAGGCCUUGCGAGCAGCUGCUGCCAACUUACGCCCUUCUUGUUGUCCUCCAGAACACCAAGAUGAGAUUGGACACGCCCUUCUGGGCCUGCGUAUGUAUAUAAGGCAUUUCGAUGCAGAGAGGCGCCUUGGUUUUUUCCAAACAGUCACUAACUAUGCGCACGAAGAAGCUCUGGCACAGUUUCGGAAAGACAGGGAAGACAAGGAGGAAAGAGAAAAGUCGAGAAUGGAGAGGAUCGAGGUAACAGAGAGAGAAGAAAGAAAAAGACAGGAGAAUGCAGAGAGGGGGGAGCAACAGAAACGGGAAAGAGCCGAAAGAGAAAGCCAGGCGAGGGAAGAAAGGAUAGAUGCGCCGUUUUUGCGAGCACGUGCCUUUUCCAGCGAGUGACAUAACUGACCUGUAGAGAUGCCUGCAUGCCUGCUCUGUUAAUGAAAACCAUUAUCUAUGUAUCUGACCUCGCAGAUGUAUAAACAAUUGUAAAAUUUUUCCAUUCGAAAAAAAAAAAAAAAAUCUGCAACUCUUUUAGCUUUGAAAUGUGGAGCUUUGCCCAACAUUUCAAGCCGCAGUUUGGCCAGCCGUUGGCUACGUUAAGGCUAGAGGUAAAGCUGCCAAAACCACUGCUGCCACCCCAUUGAUAGCUAGGGGUGUCGCGAACCGGUCGCGGUUCGAGUUCGACCAGGUUCGACUUUUUCGAACUUUUAAUGAAAGGUUCGACGAACCUUGUAUUGAGGUUCGACUCGUGUGCGCAUGCGCCACAGGCUGGCCAGUUGGCUUCGGAUUGGAUGGUAAUGGCUAAGAGAUGAAUUAAGUGCAGAGCUGAUUGGCUAUUUCAGUCAACACAGUACUAAAAAUUAAGUUAUUAACUUCUUCACUGAUUAGAAUUAGUUUCUUUUAAUUGCAGCUGUUCACAAAAUAAAAUAACCCCUUGCAUAAAAAAAAAAAA